GGGCGGGGGGGCUGUCAGGAGGCUGGGGUGCUGAGCCCGGAGGUGCAGUUCUGGGGAGUGCAAAGCCGGGUAGGGGGCACGGGAUUCGGGGGUGCAGGAUCUGAAGGUGUAGGGGCGCAGAACACAGGGGUGCAACCACGAGUGCAUGAUCUGGGAGUGCAGAGCACAGAGGUUCAGGGCUUGGGGAUGCCGUGUGCAUGGGUACACGGUGCUGGAUGCAGUGGUGAAAGGGCUGGGGGUGCUGGGCAUGAGGUCUGUGUGUGCAGGUCACAGGGAGGCAAAACAUAUGGGUGCAAGCCUUGAGGUGCCAACAGGGUCCCUCCCACCCUGACACCAUCCAGAGCCCUCCAGAAGCACCAAUGGAGAAGGACAUUGACGGCUGCCAGGAUGGGGCCAAGACAGUGGCAAGUGCCAUGCUGGGCACCGAGGGGACAGAUUCACAGCUGGAUGAUUUUGUGGGUGCCCACCCUGACUACAAUGAGGAGGAGGAGGAGCAGAAGUACUAUCGCCGCAAGCGCCUCGGUGUCAUCAAGAACGUGGUGGCUGCCAGCCUGGCUGGCACCCUCACCUACAGCGUCUACUUGGGUCUGCUGCAGAUGCAGCUGAUCCUUCACUAUGACGAGACCUACCGGGAGGUGAAGUACAGCAACAUCCGGUUGGAGGACAUCGACCGCAAGGUGCUGAUGGGCAUCAAUGUCACACCCGUGGCGGCGCUGCUCUACACACCCAUCCUCAUCAGGUUCUUUGGCACCAAGUGGGCCAUGUUCCUGGCGGUCGGCAUCUACGCCCUCUUCGUCUCCAGCAACUACUGGGAGCGCUACUACACGCUGGUGCCCUCCGCGGUGGCCAUUGGCAUGGUGAUCGUGCCCCUCUGGGCCUCCAUGGGCACCUACAUCAUGCGGAUGGCCCAGAAGUACUAUGAGUACAUUAACUACAAGGAGGAGCAGGAGAAGGAGAAGGAGAGGCAGCGGGCGCCGCGGGACACCUGCAACGCCUACAUCAUCAUCUUCCAGACCGUCUUCUACUCCUGCUUCCACCUGAGCUUCGUCUGCGCUCAGAUGCCCAUGGUCUUCUUCCUCAACAACUACCUCUACCAACUCAACCACACGCUCUUUGCAGUGAAGCACUGCGGGACCCUGAGCCACGGCACGCUGCCUGGUUUCAACAAGACGGUGCUGCAGAGCCUUCCGCGCAGCGUCAGCCUCAUCAUCGUGGAGAGCGCGUUGAUGGCCGCCGCCUUCCUCGCCAUGCUGGUGGUGCUGGUGCUGUGUGGCGCGGCGUACCGGCCCAUGGAGGAGAUCGACAUGCGCAGCAUCGGCUGGGGCAACAUCUUCCAGCUGCCCUUCAAGCACAUGCGGGACUAUCGCCUGCGGCACCUCUUCCCGUUGUUCAUCUACAGCGGCUUCGAGGUGCUCUUUGUCUGCACUGGAUUCUCCCUGAACUACGGCGUGUGCGCCCUCGGGCUGGAGAGGCUGGCGUAUCUCCUCAUGGCCUACGGCUUCUCCGCCUCGCUGUGCUCCAGCCUGGCCCUGUGCAUGCUGCGCCUGCGCCGCCACACCCCGCUCCUGGCUGGGGCCUUCAUCCACGCUGUGCUCCUGGUGACGCUCUUCUGCUGGGCGCCGGAGCCCCGGCACCUGGCGCAGGCGCCGCUGCUCUACAGCAUCGCCGCGCUCUGGGGCACAGGCAGUGCCCUCAACAAGACUGGAAUCAGCAUUCUCCUGGGGAUGUUGUACAAGAAAAAGGAGCGCCAAGACUUCAUCUUCACCAUCUACCACUGGUGGCAGGCCCUGGCCAUCUUCACCGUCUACCUGUGGUCGGGGCUGCCCAUGAAGGCAAGUCCCAGACGUGCCCCAGCCCACUCUGAGACACCCCAGGCUCUUUGGGGACACACCCCCAGGCCCAUCCCCACACUCCAUGUGCCGCAGGCCAAGCUGUCCAUCAUGCUGCUGACGCUGGUGGUGGCGGUGGGGACAUACCUGUGGAUGGAGCAGAAGGUGGCGUGGAACGUGGAAGUGCGGCUGCCCCGCAUCCCGCGCCCGCGCCACAAAACACGUGGAUACCGCUACCUGGAGGACAACUCGGAUGAGACUGGCUCUGACGGUGACGGGGACAAGGAGGAUGAUGACAGGCAGCCAACGGAGGCCACCAGGCAGGACGAGCUGCCAAAAGAGGAUGGGGAACAGCUGGGAUAGGGACAGCCUGUCCUGGGCCCCAUCCUGCUCUUGGUACCUGAGGGGGUUCCACAGCUCCCCCCAGGUGGGCCCAAAAUUCUGCAAACCCCCUCAGGUCAGGCUUGCAGCCCCCCAAGCUAAGCCUAAUGCCCCCAGGCAGCCCAGAUCCCCCCACACUGACUGACAGACCCCCUAGGUCAGGUCCACAGCCUCCAGCUUGAUCUACAGCCCCCAAACUGCGGUACAGAGACCCCCAAGUUGUGGUACCACAAUUUGGGCCAGGCAGACCCAUAGCCCCCCAAAUUAUGAUGUAGUUACUCAGGUCAAACCUGCAGGCUCCCAUUCCAGCCCCAGAGCCCCCACACCCCAAUCCCCAGCCCCUCACACAAGGCUCACGCCCCCCAGGCAGAUCCACAGCCCUCCCAAAUUUGGCCAAAGCCCCGCCAGGUGAGGCCCAGAGACCCCUGAGCAGAUGCACAUACCCUCUAGCAAGGCUUGCAGCCCCCCACAAUGUCCUGCAGACCCCCAGCACUCUCGUAUUAGCCUGCAUCCAGACCUCACAGGGCUACCCUGUGAGGACACCCUCCUAAACCAGCCCAGCCCUUCAGACCAGACCCACACGCGCCCCAAACAGACCCUGCAGCCCCCCCUAGGUUGUCCCGGAGCCCUUCUAGCUCAGCCGCCAGCCCCCCAGGCCAGCCCCGCAGACUUGCCGACCUAUCCCAUCCCCAUUUUCCUUCAAUAAACCCCCUCCCUCCAUGGCCUUGGC